GCUGAUGGAGGAGGGGACAAAGACCAAGAAGACCGUCUUCAUUGGUGGUAUAGGAGAUGAUAUAGACGAGGCAGCUAUUUACGAGUCAUUCUCGACGUUUGGUGACAUUCUUGAGGUACAAAUUCCACCAGCACAGAUUAACACUCAUAAUCGGGAAGAAGCUCAGAAACAUCGAGGCUUCGCUUUUGUAACGUAUACUUCUUCCGGUGAUGCCCAAGAUGCAAUAGACAAUAUGGACAUGAACGAACUUCGAGGACGUGUCUUACGCGUCAAUCUUGCUCGGCCACAAAAGCUCACCGCGGCCGUCUCAGGAAACAGACCUAUUUGGGAAUCGGAGGAAUGGCUCAAGCAGUAUGCGAAGCCAUUAGCACAAAGUGGAGGCGUUGGUUCUCGUGCUGCGAUACGUGCUGGUGCAUCUAUGGAACAAGAAGGAGAAGAGAAGGCAGAGGAGGCUAGGGAUGACGCAAUGGAGGAAUGAAAGGCGAUCUCGACCUCUCACAAUGCUGUUCACCUCGGCCAUUCAUCCAUGUAUGCCAGCACUGGAGGUCCUGUCAAAGGUUUGCUGCAUAGACUGGCAUGCCAUGAAUUAUCUGACCUAUUGUCAAAUUUCGCCGACAUAUGGAGAUCUAUAGUUUGUGCUAAUUUCCUCCAGUUCUCCCUUGUUGUCAUAUAUGUAUCAAUAAGGUACAAGUAAUUUAUAUACAUACAGAAUGAC